AUGACACUGGUGUACGCUACUGCUCCAUGCAAACUGAGAGUCUACUUGGCAAGGGCUGAACAGACUGAUGAGCACGGCCGCAAAUGUUGGGAUACUGUGAAGGUGCCUGCUUGUGGAGGAAGAUGUGAUUCUAGAGAGAUUUCAGACUGGGAGUUUCCCUUCAAGAAAUCCCACCACCCUGUAUGCGUGUACGGUGGUCGCCGCCCACUGAUGGUUCGUCUCCGACACUGCGAUCCUGGAGUGAUUGCGGGAACAGACAUCUUCCAUUACAUUGCUGCUGAAGACUGCAGAUGCAAGGUCUGCUCUUCAGAAUACACUAGCUGCGAAUGGCUUCCACCAAACUCUACACUUCUGGACGGAAUCUACGACUUCGACGAUUUGGAUGAAGUAUAA